UUUAAUCUAUUUAUUUGAUUUAUCGUUAAUGUUGUUGUGACUGAUCUCAAUCUGAAUAUGCUUGAAGUAUUUUGCCGUUUACAGACAAUGCUACCACCACAAUCACAAGUGAUCAAACAGAACCAGAACACAGCAAUAAAUCAUCCAACAAACCAGAUCCCACUUCAACAACCGUAAGCACCGAGACUGUGUAUUUAACAUCAUCGCUGGUGACCAUGUCAACACAUUUUGUAUCGACGACUUCAGACUUUACAAAUUCUGUCACCCCAUCGUCCACAAAGGACAUGUCAACAAAAUUUGUUUCGACGAAUUCGGAUUAUAUCUCCAGUGAACACACGUUUGUAUGGUAUAGAUCAAGUUCUGUUUCUUUUUCCUCGUCGCAAACAAGCAUAAGUGAUACUACUGUCGCUGCAUUUAUGGAAUUAACAACCUUAGAUGCACAAAUGGAUAAUGACGACAGGACCGUGGCAAAUGAAACUACAAAUGAUGGUUUAAUUUAUAGUGUCAUUUUUUCAUUAGUUCCAGCCUCUGUUGCAUUGGCCAUUCUAAUAAUAAUGGCAGUACUUAUAACUGUAGUACGAAGACGAAAAAGGGAGAAAGCCUAUCCUGAAUGUAAUGGACUUCAAAUCGAGCUUGGCGCACUAGAACCGAUUAUUGAAUAUGAAAAUAAGUCAAACGAUAACCAAAGAAAUUAUUGGAAGACACAAGAUAGAGGCAAUCCUGAUUGCCAAAUUUAUGAUAAGACGAACGAUCAAUAUCAACAUCUUGAUUUUGAUGUACUAAGUAAAGCACCAACAUGUUUCGAAGCUGAAUAUGAUUUUGCUAUGGCAACAACGUCAUUUCUGAAGCCAGACCAAAAGAAUCCUUCCAGCAAUAGUGCAUUAAAAAUCGCUAUGGCAAAACGUGCAAAAGUGCUACGAACAUCAUUACAUUUUCUUCAAGGCCAGUUUUCAAAGCAGAAGUCUGAAAAAGAAAAUGUAGCAUAUUGUGACAAUGCAAUAGUGCACACCAAAUUCUUGUAUGACACACCACAACAAUCUAUAAAGCAUGUCAACAAACCUUAGUACACUGUAUUUAGUCUCAGCGAUUACGAAAGCAUGCGUGUGUCAUCGAAAGCAAUGUUAUUUUGAAUCAGGAGCUCAAAGUCAAGACAAAUAAUACUUAAUAUCCUGGGUUUUUUUUUAAACAAUGCCAUGACACUAUGACGAUGUUAUUUAAAUUGUUCAAGUAUCACAACACGUCAAAUGUUUUUUAUAACAUUGCAGAUGACUUGCUAUUAUUGACAGUUUGUUACUCCUUAAAAAUGGCGUCCUGUUAACAACAAUCAGUAAGCAUCCAUUAGAAUUCCUCAAAGUAGGAGUAAAUUUAUUUUUGAAAUACAAAGUCUAUUCCUUUUAAAGCAGGGUCUGUUUAUCAUUCCGCAGCACCUGAUAUCACUCCCAUUUUUAAUGGAGUUUGAUUUGCUCAGUUUUUAGUUUUCUAUGUAGUUUUUUUUUUUGUAGACUGCUGUUUGUCUUCUCGUCGCCAUUGAUUUUGCCAUAGUAAUGUCAGUAUUUCUAAGACUUCGGAUUUUUGUAUUGUUUCUUUAAUGUUUUCUAUUACUUUUAUUAAAAGACUUUCAUCAUA